AUGCCGCGGCCAGGGAAGAGCUCGUACAGUGACCAGAAGCCGCCUUACUCGUACAUCUCGCUGACCGCCAUGGCCAUCCAGCACUCGGCCGAGAAGAUGCUGCCGCUGAGCGAUAUCUACAAGUUCAUCAUGGAGCGCUUCCCCUACUACCGCGAGCACACGCAGCGCUGGCAGAACAGCCUGCGCCACAACCUCUCCUUCAACGACUGUUUCAUCAAGAUCCCGCGGCGGCCCGACCAGCCGGGCAAGGGCAGCUUCUGGGCGCUGCACCCUGACUGCGGCGACAUGUUCGAGAACGGCAGCUUCCUGCGGCGCCGCAAGCGCUUCAAGGUGCUGCGCGCCGACCACACUCACCUGCACGCGGGCGGCUCCAAGGGCGCGUCCGGAACCGGGCCCGGGGGGCACCUGCACCCCCACCACCCGCACCACCCGCACCACCACCACCAUCACGCCGCCGCGCACCACCACCAUCACCACCACCCGCCCCAGCCUCCGCCGCCGCCCCCGCCGCCGCACAUGGUGCAUUAUUUCCACCAGCAGCCGCCGCCCGCCCCGCAGCCGCCGCCGCACCUCCAGUCGCAGCCCCCGCAGCCCCCGGCCCAGCAGGCGCCGCCUCCGCCGCCGUCGCACCCCGGCAAGAUGCAGGAGGCGGCGGCGGUGGCGGCGGCCGCUGCAGCCGCGGCAGCCGCGGCAGUGGGCAGCGUGGGCCGCCUGUCGCAGUUCCCGCCCUACGGCCUGGGGUCCGCGGCCGCCGCCGCGGCCGCCGCCGCCGCAUCCACGUCGGGCUUCAAGCACCCGUUCGCCAUUGAGAACAUCAUCGGCCGGGACUACAAGGGCGUGCUGCAGGCGGGUGGGCUGCCCCUGGCGUCCGUGAUGCACCACCUGGGCUACCCGGUGCCCGGCCAGCUCGGCAACGUGGUGGGUUCCGUGUGGCCUCACGUCGGCGUCAUGGAUUCGGUGGCCGCGGCCGCGGCAGCCGCAGCGGCCGCCGGAGUCCCUGUAGGCCCAGAGUAUGGGGCCUUCGGGAUGCCGGUCAAGGCCCUGUGCCAUUCCGCCAGCCAGAACCUGCCCGCCGUGCCGGUGCCCAUCAAGCCGACUCCCGCGCUGCCGCCCGUGGCCGCGUUGCCACCGACCCUCUCAGUUCCCCCGGCAGCGCAGCAGGCGCCCGCACCGUCCACUGUGUGCCCGGUGACACCCUCGCCGGCUGCCUCCCUGCUGGAGCCCCCGACCCCCAGCGCAGCCGAGAGCAAGGGGGGCUCCCUGCACUCAGUGCUGGUGCACUCCUAG